AUGAAGCGCCUUCAAGAAAGAGGAACCUUCGAGGUCCGCCCCAUCCACUUUCCCCGCCUAUGGAAGUGGGCGCGGCUGCUGCUGCGGCGGGCGCGGCGGGCCUUCAUUUGGCUGGUGCGGGCGCCCAGGGCCACGUUCGAGAUGGCUGGCUACAACCGCUCCAACUACUUCGAGAACUUGCACCUGAAGCAGAGCCGGAACUUCCGCCGGCAGCAGAUCGUCACUUCCCAGGCGGACCUCUUCCGUGCUGACGUGGAGCAGGCGAUCGGCGCCUCCUGCGCGGUCCAAGACCGGCUCAUCGUGGUGUCUGCAUUGUUGCUUGGCCUCUCCGCCCACACGUAUGGCUUCUCCAUAAAUGAUCAGACCAGGGACUUUUUGCAAGCUUUGUUCUACCUUAGUGUCAGCAACUCCUUCCUGUACUUUCUGAUGGCCUUGAUCGCCUCCACCAGUGCAAACAUUUUGGCCCGGAAAUGCCAGAAGGAGCUGCUGAACAACUGCGUGCGCCCGCCCUUCGCUGACAUGAUGCGUGACGUGGAUGAGGCGGCGGAGGCGGAAAGCGCCGAGGCCUUCGAGCGCCAAGGCGUCCAGCAGCUUCUGCGGGUCCCGGUGGCCGACCAGCUGCUGCCGGAGCAGCAAGCCGAGUGCGACCUCAAAGCCUUCGCCUCCAUGGAUCAUCUCAUCACCCAGCACAUCUCCAACGAGCUGAUCCUCAUGGAGAUGCAGCAAGACUGGGAUGAGCUGUUGACCUACACGCCCUACUUCUUGGUCUGGGGCCUGCGCAGCCUGCUGAACGGUUUUGGCUUCUUUGCGUUGGCGCACACGUACGAGAAUAGCAAGCCCUACGGCUUCCAAGUGCACAUCUUUUAUGUCAUCAUCGUGGCUGGCCUGGGUUGCAUUUCCGAGCGCCUCAUGGCCACCAACACAAUUGUCUUUGCCAGUGAGAUGUCGUUCCUGAUCCUUGGGCAGAUACUUUGCAGCUAUGUGGCCUGGCGGGACAGGCACGGUGCUGUGGCACACCACAACGGGUUGAUCCUCAUCGCGCUCUUCUCGCAGCUCUUGAACUCUAUGGUGGCGCACUUCAGGUUCGUCUACAACGCUCAAGAGCUGAAGAGGGCGUUUUCAAAGCCAGGUCAACCUGACUCGCCCUUGCGACCCUCGCCCUUGCGAAGGGACAGAGCAAUGAGCAGCGACAGUGUAGCGUCCACGGAGGAUUGGACGUUGGAGUCCUUGGAGUUGGCGCCGGAAGUUCUGAAAAUGGUGUCCCAGGAGGAACUGCUGAGCCACGGCCGCGAUUUUAGCCAUUCUCAGGAUGUGCUGUCGGUGAGGUGGCGCCACCUCUCCAAGAUCCGGGUGCACCUCCGCAGGUUCUGCAUCUUCGGGGGCUGGGCAGUAAUCGUCGCAUGGCUGGUGAUCUCGGGAUGGCAGACAUGGACCCUAUGCUUCGACGAUGGACGCCCACCAGUGCAGGCUUUGCGUCGUGCCCAAGCAGUGCAGGUCGAUGACUUGCAGCUGGUGACGCUGAUGGUGGAGAUGCCAGCUGCUGGAUGCGCAGGAUCUGCGACCUUCCUUUUGGCAGCGCCUGCAGGGCCAGCGGCUGGUUGCCCGGGACACUUGCGGCGUCGAGCUCUCUGCGGACCUGCGGCUGUUUGA